GCGUCAUUCCACCGCGGCCCGAGGAAAGCGACGCGCGCGCAACAUCGCCCGACAAAAAACUUCAAUUAACAUGUGAAUAUGUUCAGUGCGUUACGUGCAGAUAAUAACUAAUUUUUUAAUAAUGACAAUUUAGAAACAACAAAAAAUGGCAGUGAAACUUUUGAUACUGUUAGUAGUUUUAGUUGUAGCCCAGGAGGAGUUGAAAGACUUUGAGUUUUCGGAUAAAGAUGAGGUGAUGAUAGCGCAGGAAUCGAGACACUAUCAGACAAUAGUGAAGCCGCCGGUGAGGAUAAUAAAGCCGACAGGGGUGACGAACUCGCAUAGACCUCAAUACAAUUUGGAUUCUUUCGAGGAGGAUAUUUUGGAAGAAAUGACGACGAAGAGGAGUUUGAGUUACAAGCCGUCGUACAAGCUGCGGUCUAAGGAAGGGAUGAUAAAGGAGGCGGUUCUGAGAGCGCUGGAGCGGAAGGACCACGUGGGCAAGUUCGCGCAGAUCGUGCCCAUCAUCAGGGCGAUGUCGGGUUCGCAGCGCGUGGCGCUGGCGUCGCUGGUCGCCAGCCAGGUCUCCACGCCGCCCGGACGGGCACCUCUUAAUUUGUCACAGGUGAGAUCAAUGUUCGGUAACAACGUGAACACGACUACAGACUUAAUGCUACCAAUACUGCUAGACAUGGCAAACCUGAUCAGACGAGCGACAGGUCCAGGCAAGGAGUUGAGGGAAGUCAGGAACACACAAGCACCACAAGCACAGCUACUAAGACGAUCGUUCAUAGAAGACCCAGCACUAGAUGAUGAACCGUUUGACAUUGGCGUCGAGGAAAAUACAACCAAGGGACCGCUCACACUCGCGCAAAGAUUCAGAAGUCGCAUACCUAACAGAGGCAUCACAAAAGUUAACACACAACAGAAAACUGCUGAAAAUAGAACAGAUACACAAGACGCUAAACUUGAUAUGAAACAGGGUGAUAAAGACCAUAAUCAUACGACACAUGACACACAAGGGGAUAAAAACAUCUCAAAAACAUUCACAGCCAGUACUUCAGAAAGCUCCAGCAUAUUCAGGGCCAAAGCGAACUCAUCUCGGACUGAGAACGGAACCCUGGACCUCACCGCCGACUCCACCAAUCAGACCCUCGCGCAGGACCUGCCGGUCGCGGAGAAACUGAGAUCGCUCAACAGAUAUAUUGAUAGAAAAGGCAAUCUGAUUCGGCGAGGCAGCUAUCCCCCGAAGUUCCCCGCGCGCCGCACCACCACCGCCGAGCCCACUGUGUCCCCUGUCUCCCCGCUCCGCCGCCGGCCGGCCCCCGCUAGGAAACUCCCCGCGUCUGCCAGCGAAAUAGCCAAGUGUGAGCUGUUCACCAACACCUUGUGUCUCCACGCUGAUGACUAUCCAACAGAUGCUAUAGUCCAAUCUAUAAGGAGAAACAAAGCCGCAGCCGGCGCCUUACUGGCUGACUUCAAGGAUCCGGGCGACGGCGCCGUGGACGGGAUCACGCCGGCGCAGGAGGCCAAGUAUACGGCGGAACACUACCUAGUGUCCAACAGACGCGGCGACACAGCGAACCGCGACUUCGCGGGCGCGGGCGAAGCCGGCUUCAUGUGCCCCAGCACCGUCAAGUACGCGCGGCCGCAGCGCGCGCGCGCCACCUCCGGCCAGUGGAAGUACAUCGUCAACACGGGCGAGCACACUCAGACACUAAGGCUGGAAAAAUGUUUAAAACCAAAAGAUUCUUGCACUUAUCUGACGGACAACUUCAAGUCGAAAUGUGUGCAAGUGUAUAACUACCACCGGCUGCUCACCUGGGACCAGCAGAACGGACUUCACAUGGAUAUCUUUAAGGUACCUACAUGCUGUUCCUGCCACAUCGAAGGUUAUAGCGUUUCUUUCCCACCACUGGGCCACAGAGUUCACGAAACGUCUUCAGAACACUUCCCCGGAGAAGACUUAUCUGCUGAACAUGGAAAUCAUGCCUUUGAAGCUGUACAGUCCUCGGUCCAUCGACCGACUAUCAGUAAAAACCCACCAUUUACAUCCCUGAAUAAACAGUUAGAAUCCUUCCCACCAUUCUCUGAUAGCCACAAUUUAAUUUCGGGAAUACCUUUUGGUAGUUCCAAACUAAACGAAAACGAUGAAAUUAGUACAGGAAACUUACCAUCAUCUAAUCCUAUGGAUUCAUACGGAAAUACUUACUUUCCCGAUUCUUUCAAUCAAGCUAGCUCCGUAAGAAAUGUGAAGAGGCCACUCCCGCCGCGCAGUGCAAUAGGAACGGGUAAUUUCGAUACAGCCACGCUGCCAAGUUAUUUAGAACCGCCUACUCCAUCUGGAUCUUCGUCUUUUGUUUCUUUUGUUAAAGAAACGCCUAGUAAAUACAAACCUAGUGGCAGUCAAUUCAAAAGAGGGCCAAUUCGACCAAGUCGAAGGCCACUUAGAAAAAAAAUAUCAGGAGGACCUGAUGACUUAGUGUCAUCAGGCACUUCAGCAGUCGAAUCAAUGACUGGUACAAACUUAGAAUCCAUGGAAGACUACAAUGAUGAUGAAGAUCAGGAAAUUGGACAAGUCACCGUCAAUAUCCCACCGAAGCGUGCGACUAUAGCACCUAAAUUACAGGCGGUAACUACAGAACGAACCACAUCUUAUAGACCCCAAGAUCAAAGCAAUAUAGUAAAUGAAAAUUUUACAUCGAAUGGCAAAAGAGUAAACUAUAAUUACCAUCCUAUAAUAGAUUAUUUCGGAGCAGAAGAAAAAGAAGGUGAAAAUGAAUCUAUUGAUCGCGAAGAUAGUGUUUCAACAUAUAUUCCUGUACAGGAAUCUGAAUGGAAGCCGAUCAACCACCCAGCCUCUAGAAACAUGCAAGCAACUCAUACCGGCCGAAAAAAGACUAUAAAUUAAGAGUAAUUAAAUUAAAUUAUAUAAUUAUGAUUUGAUUUGAAGUAUGAAUGUGAGUAUGUUAAAAUUAUUCUGUCUAAAUAACAAUUCUACUAGAUAUUUAGAGCAACAAUUAUCAUGAACAUAAACGAAACCCAAAGGAAAUUGCAAUGUAAAUUAUUAUUACUUAAAUUAAUUUAUUUUAAAUUAUUAUCAUUUUUUAAUUACUAAUAGAUAUUGAUUCUGAUUUAGCUCAAAUAUAUUAAAUGUUAGUAUUAAAUAUAAGUAGAUUUUGUAAGUAUGAAAAAGACUUGCCAAGGAAAUAAAAUAUUAUAUU